AUGUCCAACAGUAGCUCCAUCACCAACUUCCUCCUCCUGGCAUUCGCAGACACACGGGAGCUGCAGCUCUUGCACUUCUGGCUCUUCCUGGGCAUCUACCUGUCUGCCAUCCUGGGCAAUGGACUCAUCAUCAUCGCCAUAGCCUGUGACCAACGUCUCCACACCCCCCUGUACUUCUUCCUCCUCAAUCUGUCCCUGCUCGACCUGGGCUCCAUCUCCACCACUAUCCCCAAAUCUAUGUCCAAUUCCCUCUGGGACACCAGGGCCAUCUCCUACACAGGAUGUGCAGCUCAAGUCUUUCUGUUUGCCUUCUUCAUUUCAGUAGAGUUGUUCCUCCUCACUGUCAUGGCCUAUGACCGCUACAUUGCCAUCUGCAAACCCCUGCACUAUGGGACCCUCCUGGGCAGCAGAGCUUGUGUCCAUAUGACAGCAGCUGCCUGGGGCAGUGGGUUUCUCUAUGCCGUGCUGCACACUGCCAAUACAUUUUUACUACCACUCUGCCAAGGCAAUGUCAUAAAUCAGUUCUUCUGUGAAAUCCCUCAGAUCCUCAAGCUCUCCUGCUCACAAUCCUACCUCAGGGAAGUUGUGGUCCUUGUGCUUAGUGCCUGUUUAACUUUUGGCUGUUUUGUUUUCAUUGUGCUGUCCUAUGUGCAGAUUUUCAGGGCCGUGCUGAGGAUCCCCUCUGAGCAGGGAGUGCACAAAGCCUUUUCCACGUGCCUCCCUCACCUGGCUGUGGUCUCCCAGUUUCUCAGCACUGCCAUGUUUGCGUACCUGAAGCCCCCCUCCAUCUCCUCUCCUUUUCUUGAUCUGGUGGUGGCUGUUCUUUACUCAGUGGUACCUCCAGUAGUGAACCCCCUAAUUUACAGCAUGAGAAACCAGGAGCUGAAGGAUGCUGUGUGGAAACUGGUGACUGGAUGUUCCUAA